GAGUCAUUCAUGAUAACACGUCUUUUGUUUAUUUCGCCAAUUGUGCAUCAUACUAGAAUAUUCAACGGCCUCCAAGACAUAUCUUAUCGCGAUUAUCGUGCAACUCAAACAAUUCUUAUCGCAAUUAAUGGACAAAUUCAAACAGGAGGCGCGCGCGAUUCGAGCGCUGCGACUGGUGGAGUCACAUCACAUGACGGUCGAAAAAUCGCGAGUAGUCGCGACCACAACCACGACUCGAAGUCAGUAUUGUCGCUGUUUUCGCGUCGUUUGCGUCUAGUAGGUUAUAAGAAUACAACGAUCAAGAUUUUCCUUUCGCUCGUAUUCUCUCUCUCUCUCUCUCUCUCUCUCCCUCUCCCUCUUAUCUUCCUCUUCGUCUUCGCGUCAAGUAUACAUAUGUGCGAGCGUCAUACGAAUCGUCGGCGGUCUUCACUCCUGGUGCCACAGGCAGUUUUUCGUGACGUCUGUCAGGAAAUCAUCGCCUGGUCUGUCGCCUGCUAGACGGACGAUAACCUAAACUCUUUGUAGGUGUACGUGAUAGUGGCUUUGACUCGCGACGCUCGCACGACACACACACACGCGGGGAAAAAAUGGAGAAAGGCUUCGUGCAGCCCUCGGCUCCUUUACCCACGGCUCCGCCGUCCUACGAAGAAGCCAUAGCUAAUACAGGAGGAGCGCCUGUACAACCAUCGGCUAAUUCGCCGUACUCUGUAGGAGCCACGUCAAUGCCGAUGCCAAUGUCUAUGCCGAUGCCGAUGCCGAUGCCGAUGUCGAUGCCGACGCCCAUGCCGAUGCCGAUGCCAUAUAAUCAGCCGCCGAAUCAAACAACGAUGCCAACUACAUCGACGGUAUAUCCGGACACGAGUCAAUCGGCGUCACAGUCGCAUUCCAAUCCGGAACCCAGUUCUGUACAAUCGGCAGCGGGAUUUCAUCAUCAUAUAGUGUAUGCCUUGGGUCCGAAUCCCGUGAAAAUGGCCUGUCCUUCAUGUAUGGCUGAUAUAAAAACCACCACCAUAUCGGAUCACCAGCCAAGCGCUCACAUAUGUUGCAUUGUGCUCUGUUUACUCGGAUGUUGCCUCUGUUCGUGUCUGCCAUAUUGUAUGAGCGCCUUUAUGAGCGUUCAUCAUUUCUGUCCGAACUGCAAGAGUUACAUCGGCACAUGGAAGGGUUGAUUUCAAGACUACGUACGCAUAUGCAAGUUUCCGCCUUGCGCAUAGUACGAUGCUAUGUAUAAUUCUCUAAAUGGUUAUUUGAUAUCCUUCGCUUAUCGCAUACUAAAGGCAGCAGAAGGAUAGAAUCGAUGAAAACGUACGUUUAUAUUAUAUUUCGUACGAUUCUUCAGUUUUGUGUAAAGAUCAUAUUGCGAUACACAAAGGGUAAUGAAAUUACCGACGAUUCUAACUGAUUUAGCGCAUUGAGCGAGAUAAUGUGUAAGUCACAGGUGUGAAAUAUGAAAGUGACAAAAAUCCCAAGCACUAAUCACAAACUUUCGUAUCAUAUAUUAGACUGUUCAUAUAUGCGGAAGUUGUAAAGGAAGGAGUGAUGGAGAUAAAUAUUACAGCCACAUUUUGCGAAAGAAAAUUUUCGUGUAUCUUCAAAAGUUUUUCGUGUUUGUAUUAUCGCCAAAAUUAAAUUUUUUUUUUUUUAAACUCGUAUAGUACUUUUGUAAGAAAUGUUAGCUCGCUGUCUAAACGACAAUGAGCAUCCCACGUUUUUCUAAAAUAUGAUAAAAUAUUAUUUUAAGUUUCAUGAAUACUAUUUGCUGACGGUCUAGUAUAUUAUAUAAAAGUUUUAUCGCAUUCCUUAGGAAGAAUCUUAGAAUGAGGUGAAUAAUGAUCGUAUGUGCGAUUCUACUGUGACAGAUCUGGACACGUGAAAUGUCCGGCACACUUUCGUUGCUCCAGGCUAAAGUAGCUCAUGUUUAAAACAAAAUUCAACUCGAAGUCGAUCAGUCUUGAGAUGCGUUUUGCAAACUGUCGUUCCUUUGCACGCAUGUAGUUUGACGUGCACUUUUAACAGCUGUAUUGCUUCAUGGCGAAGGGUUCUUUGACAAGUCCGUUACUUACGACUACUACGGACAAAAUAGGGGAUGAAGUAAGAAGCGAUAUGUGAGCAACGAAAGCUACCUGGCCCGUGCCGAAAAAUAAUGCUCUCGUGUAUUCUUAUUUUUGUACUACGAAAUACGGAUUUCGCGAAGAAUGAGUGAUAGGCUUUACGGAAAGUAUAAAGAUCCUGAAAAAAAAAAAAACUUUGUAUGCAGGAGGGCACACGCGUAUACGUGCUUCUCCACGAGCUGAAUCGAGUAUAUAGCGUAGGCAUAAAUGUAUUAUUAUAAGCAAAAUAUAUUUUUGCGUACGAUGCAGAGAUUUGCAAACUUCGUUUAGUGUAUUAAGGGCGCGUAAGUUAUUCUUGAUUUAUCUAGAAAGUUAUUGUUAAUCUCUUACGCGGCAAAACCCGCCAUAUGGCGAGCGAGGUGAACGAUAUAGGUUUAGGAUCAUACAAUAUUGACUACCAAUGAUAUCGGGGUUCUUGAGGCCGCUGAUCACGCAUCUGAAUUCCAAAUUCAGAAAUUCAAAAUGACGGGUGCAAUACGGCGGACCGAACCGCAAUAAGUUACUUGAUUUGGAUAAAAUUCGGUACUCGGGGAUUUUUCAAGAGGUCGCCGAUUACGAAUCUCAACUCGAAAAUUGUAAUCAGUGACCAAAGAAAUACUGAGUUUCAUCGAAAUCGAACUAUUUUUAUUUCUCUGCCGUUUGGGAAACAAACAGUAAAAUUUUGUGCUUGUCGCGUAAAGGGUUAAUAUAAUGGUGCAUGCGAUAUCGAAGCGAUUACUGAUAAGCACUGGGGGCAGCAGAAGAGAGAUCAUUAAGGAAGAUCCGUUUUGCAGUGUUGCUUUGUUAACAGCGCGAUUGCAAUCCGAUCUACUUCCAUGUUUAGACUCCGAAUCCGAUAUCGCGAGAGACCGUAGUAGUUUCGGAAAACGUUGAUUCUUAGCCGAAACUGAUUUACGCUGUUCAAAUCUUAAUAUCUACAGGAAAUGUCAUUUCGUCGUGCUGAAUCGGUGGAUUCUUUUGUGCGCAGGUUCUCCAACCCUUUAUCUCUUCCUCUCAUCAUUUGGAAAUUCUGACGACUUCUCCCCCUAUCUUCCACGAUUGAUACCUGACAUUCCUGGCAUACAGUUGGAAAAUUUCCUGUUAAUCGUCACAACAGAUAUGCAUCUCCAUGUUAACUUUCAAGUUUCUCAUGUUUUUACACGUUUUCUCCUCAAUCUCCUUGUAUAUCUUUCCCCCAAACAAGGUGCUUCCUAUUGUUCACUGAAGCAGUGUCUUCACGACAUCCUAUAUAUUUUUCUCUUAUUCACCGAUUGUUCUUGUAUUUAAGAAUAAUCAUUGAUAUUCUCCAUAUCUCUCUCCAAAGCACAAACAAUAUUUUAAUAAUUGUUUCAGUAGUUGAAUUCCACAUGAAUUGCGAGGAUUAUGUGUAUAAUCCUUGCGAUUAUAUAUAUAUGUAUAAAAAAUGUCGAAACUUUGGAAUAUUUCGAAGAAAAUAGGUUUUAUAAAAAAAAUUGUUUCAGAUAAAAAUUAUAGAGUUUAAAAAGAUUUACUGGCUCUAUUAGUUUGAUCAGUUGGGUAUCAACUAGAUCGCUAAGAUCAGGCCGCCAAGAUCAUCUUGAAUUUGUUAAAUGGUAUCCCCUAUUUUCUGUCGCAUAUUCCAAUAGCCCGUGCUGAGACGUUUUGAAACCACUUAUAAUUUUAUCUACUUUAGGUCAGCCAAGUGUUAUACUGAUAUUUGCUGAAUACAGACUGUUUAGAUAUUAGAGACUGAGCACUGUACGGGUGGAUGAGGAAUGCAGGAAUGGUUAUAAAUAAGGAUGUAGAAAUAUAAAAAUUGUUAGUAGACGAUGUGAUGUGAUAAUAGAUCUAGCAAAGAGAAGCUGCUGGGGUUUACGUAUUAUAGUAAAUUGAUAAAUAUUUUGAUAAGAGAGCUUUGACUGCAAAGUGAUAUUGACAGUGAUGUUCCCACUUCUUUCACUUUAGGCGAAAUUAUCGUCGAUAUCUUACUGUAAAAAGGUCAAUAACUUCGAAACAGCUGGCCCAAAGUGGAUAAGAUUGUAGUGGCUCGAAAAGGUCUCAAAGUAAUAAACGCAGUCUAUCACAAUAUGCGAAGAUAGAAGGUGUUCUUUAAAAAAAUUCAAGUUGACUUGGUGGUAUAAUCUUGGUGACGCUACCCAAGGUCUGAUAAAGCCAGUAAAUAAAUAUUUUUAAACUCCGUAACUUUUCUUUGAAACAUGUUUUCAUAAAACUUGUGUUUUUCGAGAUAUUCCGGGCUGCCAACUUUUUUUAUGCACCCUAUAUAUGAUGAUAUAUUCUUUCUUAUAUCAUGAGAUAUAUCGCGGAGGAUAUUGUGAAGUAUCAUGAAAACUAAGUCUACGAGUUUAUUAUCCGAUAUAUUUUUAUCGAUUUAUAUAUUAAGACUGCAUAUAUUUUUACAGAGAGAUAUAGGGUGCGUUCGGGGAUAUAUUGUUAGCGCUACCAACGCAAACGCUGUCAAAACUGUUUGUGAAACCAACAGCGCAGUAGCGUUAGCAUUACUGCGUUAUAAUAAAAACACCGUUUUGCAGUUUAAACACCCCUUCAGUCUUAACAUUCGGAAGAUUUAAAUGCAACUUGCUGCUACGCGCAUGAAUAAUGGUAAACUAAUAAAUAUAAUGUAGUGAUACGAUCAUGUGGAGUAACAGAUGUGCAGUUCACAGCGUUUUGGACGCUUGUGAAGCUUAUAAGCAUUUAUUGCUAGCAAUGCGCUAUCUUGGAAGGAAUAGCCUUGAUAAUCCGUUGUUAUUAAUAACAUUGUUAUUAAUAGCGUUUGUUAGCGCUACUAUCUAGCUCCGCGAAUAGCCUAAUGAUGUCUCUCCGAACGUACUCACUCAUAGCAAAAACGAACUUAUAGGAGCGUGAGGUUCUUUCGUAAGUGUUGUGUAAAAAACAUCAGCGAUCGUGAUAUAUGCAUUUGUCGAUCAUCAGCUCUCCAUUAUGAGAUCCUCGACAUGAGUGAAUCGACAUGAAAGUUGCGUUUAUUUUUAUCGUGCAUGACAUCAUUCGAUAUAUCAACUUAGAUAGCGGAACAGAAAAGAUAUCUUACCUGUAAAUUGCGCAUAAAUUCGAGGAGCUUAGAAGGCACAACGGUAGCGUUUCUCGACCCAUUUUCAUUCUAGUUUCUAUCAACCUUUUCUAAACUGUCGUAAUGUGUGCAACCUUAGAGUAAAUUUUGUUUCUCCCGAGCAGUAUUAGGCCAGUAUUUAAACUUAGUGUCAUGUUAAGGCAGCGCGAGCUAUGCUACGUCGAUUGAGAAACCCACCACUUUAUAGGACACUUGACAAAUCCAGAAGUUAGCGUAGAGCUUCGUCUAUUUUAGAUCUUGUUCUCGCUAUCUUCGUAUCGAUAACUGCCAAAAAGCUCACAUAUAGUCAACUGAUUAGCUGUCAACGACCAAUAACGGCGGUGCAGCGUAUGAAUCGAUGCAAUUUUACGUUCGUAUAUCUCGCAUUAACACUGAGAUGUACGCCGUGUCUUUAAGUGCAUAUCUUUCGAAAUCGCAAGUCUAUUCGCCGAUUAAUACGAAUUUUUGCGUUACGCGUAUUGCAAUAUUUCGUUAUUCGUUGCGAGGAUACGCAGGUUUGUUGAAUUUAUUGUCUGCUACCAGAGCGUGCCAGAGUAUGAACAUUUAAUUUAGAGAGAGUAAUUAAACAUAUUAGUUGUAUCAGUCGUAUUAAUUAAUUAGUAGGGAUAUUUUUAUCUAUACUCUAUAUGUACAAUCUAUUCCUCACGCGGAAGAUUUCCAUUGCGGAAAGACGUAGUAUUAAAAAGGUAGCCGACUCUUGAAAGCUUGAUUGACGUUAUCGCAUUCGACGUUAACAUAUUCCUGCCCGUUUGUUUACGUUGUCUGAUUAUCUUACACCUGUUAUUAUCUCAUAAGUGAAGAAAUAUGCCAUUUCUGAGAAACUUGGUAUUAAGUAAGGUAUUAAACUAGUCCGCGCGGGGACGUACAUCGAUCUCCCGUCUGAUUUAUACGUGACCAUUUAUGCAAUCGAUAUGCCGUUAGAGUUGAGCAUUGUCCGAGUAAAUCUUCAUUCAAACGACAAAGACCCGAAUAAAGUUUUAUUCAAAUGAGGAAUUCGAAUAAAUCUUUAUUCAAGUGGAAAACUCUCGAAUACAUUUAUAUUCAAAUAAAUGUGCGGCUUACGUGGGAAAGAAGAUAAUGUUUGUCCAACUCUAUAGAUCGCAAAACUCUCUUGUACAUGUCUGACACAAUAAAGUAUAUAUUCGGUUA